GCAUUUGGUGAGGCAUGGGCUAUUGGAGGAAAACUUGGAGACCCUUUGGUUGGAAUUAUUUCGUUCAGUUCAGAUCGAUGCCCAACAGGAGAAAAUCUAACUUGGCACUUUUCUGACCAAAAGAGUUUAAAAAAUGAUGAUUUGCUCAAAGUUUUCUGUCUGGAAGACAUCUUGGAUUCAACCAAACCAAAUAAUUCAGGAGAAAUUCAACUUAUUCAGGUUGUUCAGCCUGAAACUGAAAAUGGAACUUUUAACUAUCGAUCCCUCGAUCCUGAUCAAUCAUUAUUUCAAGAUCAAGUGGAUCAAUUAAGGCAAUCAAUCAAUGUAUCUAGCAACUAUCUCCCACCCUUAGUUAUGCUUGAAGAGCAUACCAGAACUGUAAACCCUGUUGAAGAUAUGGAGACUGCAGAUUCUAUUAAACUCUACGUGUUUAGCUCACGAGACACUGGUUCUUUAAAUAAACAGGGAAAAUUAGAGAAUUUAAGAAUAGACACAUAUGAGGUCCCAUCACCAGCAAGUUUUGAUGAAGCUCAUCUUGAACCUGAAACCAAACUAAACAAAAGAAUGACUCCUUUGCCUCAGCUUCUAACAAUAGGCAGAAACCAAAAUCAAAAUAUUUCCAAAAUAAAACAUCUAAAAAAGGUAACACUAAUCAGUAACAACAACAACUUGUUGUUCACAGAGACUGUUAGUGUUAACUCUAUGUCAAAUAACUCUCUAUUAAAAACAAAUAGCAUGUCAAAUUUACAACAGUACCUUUAUCAAAUCCCCUUCGUUUGAUUAUAGAUGACGGAUACAUUCGUAACUUUCUAUUAGAAAAUUGAAUAUCGCUUUAUAAAUGAAGGGUCACUUGAAAGUUGAAGAUAUGUCUGUCCUUGCAGACCCUUUAUCACCAGAUUAUGUAUAAAGUAUGUUCUAACUUUAAAAUGCCAGCAAAUUUUUUUCUCAUUUUUUUUAAUUUUGAGAACCAAAACUUUAGCUAUUUUAAGAAUUCUUCUCGGGUGUAAUUUUAUGCUGGUUUCUCAAUUUAAUUCAAUGUUUUUGUCUUGCAAAAGUACGGUCGAAUGUCGGAUCAAUAUAGUCAAACACGCUGAAAGAAAUGUAAAAAUUGUAUCUAACAAUAUUUCUUAGAGCACCUCAGCCAAAUCUAACUUAGUAUCGAUUUUCUUAAAAUUUGGUUGAAUUAUCAAAAUUGGAAGAUCUGCGCUCCAAAGUUAAAUUAAGCUCCAGUGCUCCAACACAUUUUGUUACAGAUGAAAAGUUAA